UGUACACAGCGAACGCCCGCAGAACUGCACGAUCGGGACGACGACGACGACUCGCUUCGAAAUGUCGGGAAAAAAUGUCCCGAGGAUCGUCGACUUGAGAAGCGACACGAUCUCGAAACCGUCGGCUUCGAUGAAGCGAGCCAUGGUCGAGGCCGAGCUCGGCGACGACGCCUAUCGCGAGGAUCCCACUGUCAUUGCGCUGGAGAACAAGGCGGCCGAGCUGACCGGCAAGGAGGCCGCGAUCUUCCUGACCUCCGGCACGAUGGGCAAUCUCAUCGCCGUGAUGAAUCACUGCGAGGCGCGCGGCUGCGAGGCCUACUGCGGCGACGAGUCGCACAUGGCGCGCUACGAGCAGGCCGCCGCCGCCCAGAUAGCCUCGGUCCAGCUCUGCGGCCUGGCCAACGAUCCGCGCGACGGCAGCUUCGACCUCGGCCAGCUGGAGCGACGCUGGCUGCGUCCGCGCGACUGCGGCGUCGACGAGCCGCGCUCGAGGCUGGUCUGCGUCGAGAACACGAUGCGGGGCCGCGUGGUGCCGCAGGCCUGGAUCGCCCGACUGGCGGAGCUCGCCCGUCGCCGCGGGGAUCUCAGACUGCACCUCGACGGGGCGCGACUCUGGAACGCGGCCGUGGCCUCGGGUCGGCCCGUGCACGAGCUCUGCCGCGACUUCGACUCGGUCACCUUCUGCCUGAGCAAGGGCCUCGGCUGUCCGGUGGGCGCGCUGCUCUGCGGCAGCCGGGAAUUCGUCGAGCGCGCCCGGAGACGUCGCAAGGCCCUGGGCGGCGCCUGGCGACAGGCCGGCGUGCUCGCCGCCGCGGGUCUGGUCGCCCUCAGGGAGAUCGUUCCACUGCUCAAGGACGAUCACGCGCGAGCUCGGAGAAUCGCCGAGGCCAUCGUAGCUCGCGGCUCCAGGCUGUUCAGCGUCGACCUGGCCGGCUGCCAGACGAACUGGGUGCUGGUGAGGAUCGCGGACUCGGACCGGGUGACGCCGGAACUGUUCGUGGCUAGAUUGGGGAUGAUCAGGGUGGGGACGGACGGGGACGAAACAAUUGUCAAAGCAUCGAUAGUGAGCGAGGAUACUGUAAGAUUGUUGCUUUAUUACGAGAUUGAUGACGAAAUGACUGCAGCAGCGAUACAGAAAAUCACCCUGGUUAUUGAAGAAUUGGACGCUUGCGACAAUGACGUCGCACUUGCGAAAUUCUCCAAAUUGGUGCUCGCUUGAGAUUAUCUUACAAUUUGCAUAA